CAUUCCAGUCCUUGUUAUACACAAAACAUGUAGAUCACCUGUGCUAUUCGAUGAGACAACAUUCUCAUGCGUUGAACUGUGCAUGUGUUCCUCAUACGAGAGUCAUCGCUGACCGUUUUUGUAACAGCGUCGGAAAUAAAAGAUGGGCUCAACAGGCGGAUUGAAGUGUUCGAAGUAUCUCCUCUUCACGUUCAAUGUCAUAUUCUGGUUAGGAGGAUGCACCAUACUUGGCCUUGGCAUCUGGCUGACGGUAGAUUCAACUAUAGUCCGUUAUGUACAUCUGAUUACCAUUAGCGCAGAUGACCCUCACAUUGAGACGGCAGCUUGGCUGAUGAUAGGUCUGGGUGUGUUUGUCUUGGGAGUAGGCUUUGUUGGCUGCUGUGGAGCCCUACAUGAGAGCAAGUGUAUGCUCUGUCUGUAUGUGCUAUUUCUGCUGAUCAUCAUAUUGGGAGAGGUUACUCCUGGUAUCCUAGUGUGGGUCUUCAAGCAGUAUAUCGUUUACGACCUCCUUCUUGAAGGUAUGCAAGCCAAGAUGAGAUCAACAUAUGGUAACAAAACGGCGUUUGAUUCAGCUUGGGACUUCACGCAAUAUGAGUUGGGAUGCUGUGGCGUGCUCACUAGCAAAGACUAUGAAAAUAGUGUCUACUUCUUAGCUGGGGGAAAAUAUGUUCCACCAUCAUGUUGCGUCCCCAAGAAAAGUUUGACGCGAAUUCAAGCCUUCAACAUCACUGCAAAUGACGUCUUAGACUACGAGAAAUGUCUCGCAAGUGCUAAAGACUACAUCGAGGGCCGAGCAAAGGAGGUGGAUGUCAAAUAUAUUUAUGAAUACGGAUGCCGGAAAGGUUUAGGCGAAUGGUUUGACAAGCACACAAUAAUGCUCCUCUGCGUAGGAUCUGGCAUUGCAGGAUUUGAGUUGGUGAGCUUGGUGAUUGCAUGUUGUCUCUGUUGGAAGAUAAGGAGUGAAGACGACGAUGAAGAGUACUAUGGUGAAACCUAGGACCAAGCCAUAAGAUAUUUGUGUCAUCAAGAAAAAACAAGCCCUGCAGUUGACCAUACGUAUAUAUGUGAUGAUAUGGUUGAUGUGGACGUCGCAAAACAUACGCAAUCUAAUACGGGGGAUAUGAGCCGCUUUAAAAUUAUCUUAAAAAUUUUGCUGCAAUCAUAAUUCAAAAGUAUCAUCUUAGAUAGACAGAGAUUUAGAACAGUGCAUUGUCACGUUUGCAGACUUGUCCAGCCCAUUCAGUGAUUCAGCUGAUCAGGCGCCUGUAUUAUGAAACCUAAUUUAGUUUCUUUAGUGCUGAUAGCAACUAGAUGACGACCGAUUUACGAGCGGGGCAUAAUAGAGACUUUGAGAUCUGCAACUAUAGCAAAAUGUAUAUGUAUGUUAAGUAUACACUGAGGUAGGUGAUAAAGCUUGGAACCAGUGAAACCUUGAAACCAGUGAUAAACCUUGGAAUCAGUCCUAAAAAUGCAUAAAAACAUGAAAUAAUGCCAUUUGAACUUAAGGUGGUUACGAAUCAAUAUUUGGAGCUUAUUUUUACAUGAUCAGAUCGGAAUUUGACGAUAGUUUAGAAAUCAGUCGCAUAUCCGAUUCAAUAAUCUAUAUUUUAGAACAACCCAGUCAUACUUCGCCUUCAGUGUACAUUACUGAUCUCCCAAAUAUAGGCAUGCACGUUACGACACGCCCACCACACACCCAUAAUAUGGACCAAUCAGCACUCCGCUUACUAGGUCACCACACGGGGCCUAUUUGAACUACGGAGCGGUGUGAUCAUACAGGGUGAUACAGAGAAGAUUGACUACAUCAUGUAGUACCGGCUGGCACUUAUCCGUAGAAACAUAGAUGAAGGUAUAUUACCGAAGGUUUUAGCCGGGUUUGGAGAUGAAAAAUGUGAAUAAAUUCCUUUGCAGCGAUUUCGUACAUAUUCAUGUACACAUCGAGGGAUGUAGAGAUAUUUUCAUGAUGUAACCAGUUCUAAGCGGACACAUUUUUUAGUGAUUCCCGUGUGCAUGUUUGUCAUCUACUGAGCUUUAUCAGAGCAUUAUAUAUACAAACGAUUCUUCUAAUAAAAACGUUUUAUUUCAGUAUAUGGAAUACAAAACAAUCACAAAAGCUUACUUAUGCUUUCAUCGGCGGCCCGUCAUGAAUAUAAGUUUAUUUUUUAACGACAACAACACAUUUCCAAUGCAUUCAAUGAUGACGUCAUCCUCCACAAAAAGGUUGAUUCUGGAACUACUGGCAAAUUGCUAUCAAUAAAGUUAGCUGGGACGAGAUUGGCAGUUGGGAAGGUAUAAAUCGUGGAAGGAACGCGCCCGAUUUCACGCGGUAAUUGCAUAGUGAUUCCACGGUUUAGUACUGACUAUUCCAAGGUUUAUCACUGGUUACAUGGUUUCACUGAUUCCAAGCUUUAUCAACUACCAUACACAGAUGCAUACAAUAAAUAUGCGUAUAGAAAAAUGAUUUGAGAAAACCUCAACUGAUGUGCCAUUGUAUUCGCAUCAAUAAUGUAACAUGAAUGCGGAUUCGAUUCCACCAGUGCUUUGCGGCCAAUUGCAGCUCACCAUACAAGCGCACGAUAUUUGGCAAAUUGCUAUAAUUAUGUUAACAAGGACCAUUGUGUUGGUUUAAUUCUUUUCCCACCUCUAGUGGUGAAUGCGCUCCGCACUCCCGGUGGUCCUCUUAUUAUCAUAUGAACAGUAAUCCAAACCUCAUAUGGGUUGAAUUCUCGUCAUAAUUAUAUAUUACUGUGUUAAUUCCACCAAUGCGGCAAAUAAAUAAUAAAUUGCACUAUAUAUUUUAUACAAUACUAACUAGAAUAUGAAUGACAAAUAUUUACAAUUUGCAGCAUGAUUAUUGUGAUAACGGCAACCAUAACUUGUCAUCAGGAGCCACGUGGAUUUGUGGAGGCACUAUUUUAAGCAGGUGGCCAAAUAUCAUAUAUAACAAUUACCGACAAAGAAUUUAUUUUUGGCUCAGCGUAGGGGAGUCUAUACAACACCGCAGUGUCUGUCGUCGUAUCCUGUUUCAGAAACAGCGACACGUUUCUUAACCGCUAGGGCUAUGAACUUGAAACUUAGUACACAGGACUCCCCCCCCCCCCCCUCCCCGGUCAGCUCUUCCUAGCAAGGAUACAUCACAUAUUAUACGGGUUUUUGAUUUGACCUAAUUUUCAAGUUCACAAAGGUCAACUGGCGUAAAUUGGCCGUUUGUGUGUAAAUAUGGCACGUUUCUUAACCGUAAAAGCUACGACUUUAAAUUUGAUACACAUGACUGUACGUCAUGUGAACUCGGACGGUUUACUGGACUUUGCGCAACGAAACAAAACGAGCGAAAUGGGGGAGCGACCAUUAUGUUUUACCCCGGGCGGUGCUUCAUAAGUUGGUGAUCUCUAGCCUGAAAAUUUGUUCGGACCUCGAUCGAAGAAGGUACGACAAACAAUUAAUUAAUCAAACCCUUAUGAGAUUCAUUCAUUUGAAGUAGAGAGGGUAACGUACAUUGUAUACACAAAUCAAACACACACGCAGUGCUUGCAUGCAUUGCAGAGAACGACUUUUGAGUGAUAACCCACACCCACCCAGGCAGCUGAGACACAUGUCUUGUUGGACAUGCCUACCGAUUUUUACUAAAUAAAAGCAUAACUUCACUUCACACUUUUCGGGGUUGAAAAUGUACUCGUGUAAAUUACCAAAAUUACAUGCCAAAUUCGCACAUGAACUGUUAUUUCUCAAAGCUUGGAAGCUCAAAUGUCUGAAUGUAAUGUAUGCGCGUAAUGUAUACCCUCAGCAAGCGAAUAGUUGUGACCGUCGGUUUUUUAUACGAAUCGUUUCCUGUAUGGCCGUUACAAGCCGUUGACAUGACAUACCGAUUUUGGUGUGACCUAUAUACUACAUAUGUAGCAUGUUUCUUAAGCAGGAUGAAUUCCUAACCACCAAAUAUCUAUACAGUGAGCACAAUGACCCUUGGCCUUUUCAUUGUAUGUUCGUGUCGUGUAUCUUGAUGUCUACCAUAAGACGUGUUCUCAGUUUAAAAUUUAUUUUGUCAAUACCAGAAAUCCCCGACCUCGAACUUGCGCAUGCGCACUAAUUACCAUCUCGGCCGAUCAACGCAGUAGUGCGCUUAGCUUAGGGCAAUCUCCAAAAGCAGAGUUAAUCAGGCGGUGGGGAGCAUUACGCACUUUGCCGAUAGCCCAUUGGUUUCCUCUAAUGUCUAGCUAAUACUGUGCGAAAUUUCAGUGAAUUUAGUCAAAAAAAUCCUUUGUCCACCUUUGUACCGCCGCUUUGCAUGCAUUGAUGAAGUUCUAACAGGGAAAAUCAGGAAAAUAAGCCUUUGAGGCGUUUUUACGGCUCAAAAACUGGCAUUUCUGGCGAUAAUAUUUUAGUUGCCGAUAGAUCCGCGAGAGGGCAAUACCAUCUAGAGUCAUAAUAACACUGCUUCUGGUGUUUUGGAACAUUUUUUUCUUUGUCCACUUGCAUGCCGAAAUUGGAGGUUUUAAUGAUGUGACAGCAAAAAAUUGAAUUGGUCAUUGCGAGGGGGUCACUAGGGAGCUUGGGGGGUUGAUCUAUGCAAUAUACCUAGUUUUAAAUCGUGCUUGUUUCAUGCUAAUGUGAAACACCAUCAUUCUGAUACUACUGAGAUUUAAAUUUUUCACUCAAGAUUUUAAAUGAAGUUUGAAAAUUCAUUUUUCACUUGAUGAUCAUGCUAAUCAUGACUGCAUGAGUCCAGUUUCCCUGCACCCAUAGUUUAUUACUGAUGGUAGCUUUCCUAUAUCUAAUUGUCUAAUGUAAAAAAGUUGGGCAUUUUGUGGGGGGUGUACUGUGGUCUUGGCCUCUCCUACCUUGGGGGUGGGGUGGGGUGGAGGUUGGUCUUGUUGGCAUCCAGGUUUGAAAUUGAUGUAGGCAUUCCAUAUGAUCCUUGAGAUAUCAUAAAACUCUUGACUGGUGUUAUUAUGGACUACUCGUUUUUCUCUCUUGUAAUUCGGCAAUUUUAUAUCAGAUAACAAAGCGUAAUUCAAACGGAUACCGCGUCUCGUUGAGGCUGCCAUUGUGAUUGAUUGCUGCGAGCUGAUUCGUCAAUGGCGGCACGUGACUGAUUACACUGGCGGCCUCUAUCGGACGGCGUUGGUCAGGUUUUUCUGGUGUUGUAUUUCACAGAAACGUUUUUGUCAUGUAGAAACAGUAGUGACACGUAACAGCCAACUAGACGGGUCAGAGGUCAGACAUACUAGGUCACCCCCAGAAUCUGGGGGUGACGAGGCAUAUGACGUGUGGGUGUGAGAAUGUUGUGUGCUUCCUUUAAAAGCAUAGACUCCAGUUAACCUUUAAAGUCAAAAGUCCUUGUAAAAGUACUUAGUUUAUGGCCUCUCAAAUUAAGGUAAUUCAAUCGAUUUCCAUUUAUGUUUAAAGCGAAAUACUAAAAGUAACUUUUGUAUUGUAGCAACCAACUUUAUAUGCUCAGAAAUAACAAUAAUGAUUUUGUAUUACCAUUCGCUCGUAGAGAGCUGUCAUUGAACUCGUUUGUUAUUAAAGGUAUAAAUCUGUGGAACAACUUAUGUAAAGAUAUCAGGAAUUUACCAACCAUUUACGGUUUUAAGAAUGCCUUAAAAAGGCAAUCACUCCCGGAAAGUCCCCCAAUAUGGCUGGCGACUAGAAAUAGAGUAGCUUCAAUUUAUCUGUGUAGACUUCGUAAUCGCUGUAGAGCUUUGCAUGGUCACUUGUUUCAUUGUAACCUACGAGAUGAUGCCUCAUGUUUAUGUGGUGCUGCCUAAGAAGGAACUGAUCACUUUUUGAUGCAAUGUCCUAGGUACAAUCGCCUGAGGGCAAUACUUCUCCAAAAACUGAACUGGAUUCCAAACAUAAAUUUACAAAUAUUAUUAUCUGGGAACCUUCGCUUUACUUUGGAGGAAAAUAUAUCCACAUUGAACGCUGUUCAGACUUUCAUCAUACGCACAAAUAGAUUCUCCCUUCAAAGGCCGCUACCGCCAGAUCCCCUGUAAAUAACGGUGUCAAUUGUUGACAAAGCACCACCAUACUUCUUUCACAAAAAACCUGUAUGUAAACUUAUGUUUGUCUACUGCACCAUUUGUAGAUUACUUUGUACUGUGGAAAGGACAUUUUAUAAGUUUCUUUGAAACUUACGUCCAAUCCCUAUUCUCUUCUAUGAAUAAAAAUAUGCUUAAACUAAACCAAGGAAAGGUUAACAGAAAAGGAAACUAAUUAUAA